AUCGCCCCCGUUAAGCCCGCCUUCCUCCGCUCGCCGCCCGUCCCCGAGGCCCCGAAGGAGGAGGGCAAGGCCGCCGCCGCCGGUGGGGCUAUCGUCGCGGCGGAGAAGAAGUCCAAGCGCCAGCUCAAGCGCGAGCGCAAGCAGGAACAAAAAUCUACUUCUCAUCUUUGAAUACAAGUAGGGAAAAGUGGACUCUUGCAAAUACGGUGCUUCUUGCCGUUUCAGCCAUGACAUAAAUGCUUAUUUGGCUCAGGUAUUGUUUCCCUGAACUUAAUCUGAUCAUUACUUAUCGUGCACAGAAACCAGCUGACCUUGAAGGAACAUGCCCAUUUUCCGCUUCGGGGAAGUUGUGUCAGUAUGGACUAACUUGUCGAUUUUUUGGUACACAUAAGGAUAGCCUAGCUCCUGAAAAUUGUCCAGAGGGAAGCCAUGAGAUAAAUACUUUGAACAAAGAUGUUCAAAAGCUCUUAUGGAAGAGCAAUUACAAAUUCCCCAAGGCCAGUGCCCAUAUCAAGCUUCUUGGUCUUAAGGCUUCAGCACAUGCAAAUGAGGAGAAGCAGUGGGUGCUGUCUGAUUUUGAGGUUGGGAAACCGCUUGGGAGGGGCAAGUUUGGCCAUGUUUACCUGGCCAGAGAAAAGAGGAGUAAUCAAAUUGUGGCUUUGAAAGUUCUUUUCAAGAGCCAACUGAGACAAUCUCAGGUGGAGCAUCAGCUCCGCCGUGAAGUGGAGAUUCAGAGCCACCUCCGCCACCCCAAUAUUCUACGCCUGUAUGGUUACUUCUAUGAUCAGACCCGUGUUUACUUAAUCUUGGAAUAUGCUGCCAAAGGAGAACUGUACAAGGAGUUGACGAGGUGCAAGAAUUUCUCCGAAAGACGUGCAGCAACUUACAUUGCAUCACUGGCAAGAGCACUCAUCUACCUUCAUGCGAAGCAUGUAAUCCAUCGAGACAUUAAACCAGAGAAUCUUUUAAUUGGAACCCAGGGCGAGCUCAAAAUUGCAGACUUUGGCUGGUCUGUCCACACCUUCAAUCGAAGACGGACAAUGUGUGGAACUCUUGAUUACCUGCCACCUGAAAUGGUUGAGAAGACAGAACAUGAUUAUCAUGUCGACAUCUGGAGCUUGGGUAUACUGUGUUAUGAGUUCCUUUAUGGGGUCCCGCCUUUUGAAGCGAAAGAGCAUUCUGAGACAUACCGAAGGAUAGUGAAAGUUGACCUGAAGUUUCCGUUGAAACCAUUCGUUUCUCCUGCCGGGAAGGACCUGAUUUCACAGAUGCUCGUAAAGAACUCGGCGCACCGGCUUCCUCUUCACAAAGUUCUUGAGCACCCGUGGAUUGUUCAGAACGCUGACCCCUCCGGCGUGUACAGAGGGUAGAACACCGGCGGAACACUGCCUCCACUCCCUACAAUUCGAGGGGAGUUCGAUUCUUUUUACUGUUGUUGUGGCUUUGGCCCUGCCACUAAUGCUUUUCUCGCCAAAUCCCCCACCCCCGAGCUGUAACUUGUAGCGUAAUGUGUAUGUGUGUGCGUGAUGCAUGUGGCCUUGGUCAUGUACGCCCUGUACUAAUGUAGAAUUUCCUACUGGACAACAACCUUACUGAUCUAUAUGAUAUCGGUUCUAAG